GCAGACAGCGCCGUGUCAGUGUGCAAGUGACGCAGCGCUGUCUGCCAUAGAGAAGCAGCAGCAGGAGGAGCAGGAGGAGGAGGAGGAGGAGGCGGUGGAGGAGGAAGCAGAGGAUAACACUGCUCCAUCCUCCUAACCGUGCGACUCUGGCGCAUCGCCACAGCCCUCAGCAGAACUGGGAGACUGGACCUGAAGGCAGAGAGGAGUUUUCUCCAGAGCAAGAGAAAAAGACAGAGAGAGAAAGAGCGAGAGAGAGAGAGAGAGAAAGCGAGAGAGAGAGAGAGAGAGAUGCACCCUGCGCUCUUGCCUGUGUGGGCUGCAAGUCCAGGGCAAUUGCGCUAACUGAGGCACACGGCACGCAGCAGCGGAAUAUGUGCUACCCAUACUAUUCUGUGGAAUCGCCUAAAACUGAUGGAAGUGAACACAAAUGACAGUGAUGGAGGAAAAUGACGACACCAGAUAAAGUACCGACGCAGAAACCUGCAUGUGAGGCCGAGCCACCCGCACUUUGACUGGAUUCUCCCAUCUUUGGACACACUUCAGGGGUCUGAUACCGCCAUUCCAGGCACCGGGUCGGUGGCCCUUCCCAUUCAGGGACAGCACAACACGACGACGGGAGGGAGGAAGCUUCCGGCAAGGCCCAUCAAGGGACCACUGUGUCAGCACAACACGCAGCCUGACAGGCAGAUUUCCCUACGGAACAAUUAAUUACCAAGGGGACAGCGCCAAGAUGAGGGAUAUGCUGCUGGGGAUCUAUGUUUUUGUGGCGUUGGCAAACGCUGCUUCUGGUGAAGAGAAGGUCGACUGCCCUCGACCAUGUGUUUGCGAGAUCAGGCCCUGGUUCUCUCCAAGCUCAACGUACAUGGAAGCUCCCACUGUGGACUGUAAUGACUUGAGACUUAUUUCUAUGCCCGAGAGGCUGCCCAUGGACACGCAGGUCUUGUUGUUGCAGACAAACAACAUUGCCAGGAUCGAAAGGCCCUUGGAUUAUCUGGCUAACAUCACAGAGAUAGAUGUAUCUCAGAACAAUUUGUCUGCGAUGGGCGACAUUAACCUCGGAAGCCUGCCACAGCUAUUGUCCCUGCACAUGGAGGAAAACUCUAUCCGCAUGCUCCCUGACAGCUGCCUAGCUGGGCUCCACAAUCUCCAGGAGCUGUACAUCAAUCACAACCUGAUCUCUUUCAUUGCGCCCAGGGCCUUCCUGGGGCUGGGCAAUCUGCUGCGGCUUCAUCUCAACUCCAACUGGCUGACGGCCAUUAGCAGCCAGUGGUUUGAGGCUAUGCUGGGACUGGAAAUUUUGAUGAUCGGCGAAAACCCAAUCAUGUGGAUUCAAGAUAUGAACUUUAAGCCACUUAUCAACCUCCGCAGCCUGGUCCUGGCCCGAAUGAAUCUGUCGGAUAUACCCGAUGACGCCCUGGUCGGACUUGACCGUUUGGAGAGCAUCUCGUUUUAUGACAACCUAUUUGCUAAGGUGCCACACAGUGCCCUCAAGAAGGUCCCAAGUCUGAAGUUUCUGGAUCUAAACAAGAACCCCAUUCAGAGGAUACAGAGGGGGGACUUUAUGGAUAUGCUGCACCUGAAUGAGCUGGGCAUUAACAGCAUGCCUGAGCUGGUAUCUAUUGACAGUUUUGCCCUCAGCAACCUGCCGGAGCUAACAAAAAUAGAGGCGACCAACAACCCCAAAUUGUCCUACAUCCACCCCAAUGCAUUCUACAGGCUGCCUCGAUUGGAGACACUCAUGGUUAACAGCAACGCCUUGAGCGCCCUGCAUCGUGUCACUGUGGAGUCCCUGCCCAAUCUUCGGGAGGUGAGCCUACACAGCAACCCCAUCCGCUGUGACUGUGUGGUCCGCUGGAUGGGCACAGAUCGGACUGGCGUGCGCUUCAUGGAGCCGGAAUCCCUGUUCUGCAUGGAGCCACCUGAGCUGGAGGGCCAGCAUGUUCGGCAGGUGCACCUCCGAGAGAUGACCGAGACCUGCCUACCGCUCAUCUCCCCUGGGAGCCUCCCAGUGCUGGUCCGUGCACACCAUGGGGAAUCGAUCUCACUACACUGCCGGGCGUUCGGGGAGCCGGAGCCUGAUAUCUACUGGAUCACACCCUCAGGUGACAGGAUCUUGCCAGAUACCGGUACCAUCAAGUAUUACAUGCACCCAGAGGGCACGUUUGAUAUCUAUGACAUCACAGAGCGAGAGGCUGGACUAUACACUUGUGUUGCUCACAAUCUUGUUGGCGCAGACCUUAAAGCGGUCUCAGUGCAGGUCAAUGGAUACUUUCCACAGCCUGCCAACGAGUCUCUGAAGAUCAGCAUCAAAUCCGUGCAGCCAAACUCCAUCCUGGUGUCUUGGAAAGCCUCCCACGGCAGCCUGCCACCCAACAUUAAGUGGUCAAUGACAUCAGAGGGCAAUCAUCCCGCUCUGGCAUUCAAAGCAAGGGUUCCAUCUGACAUUAAAACAUACAACUUAACACGCCUACAUCCUUCCACACAAUACAAGGUAUGCGUGGACAUUCCCAGCAUCCAUCACAAAACCAGCAGGAAGUGCAUCAACGUCACACCGAAAGUAUGGAGCUAGAGGUCGAGAGCUACGAAAACCGGGACACAUCAGUGGCUACCAUGUAUGGCUUGCUGUUGGUUGCGGCCUCGGUGACCUGCACACUCAUUUAUGCGUCCUUGAGGAAGCACCACUUUUGUAAGGGUAUAAGGAAACCCCAAUCAAA